CAACGAAGAAGAAGAAAUGGAGGAUAUCACUCGCAGAAAUGCAUAUCGCUUUGUCGCCUAUGCGGCUGUCACCUUCUCCGUGGUCGCUGUGUUUUCGCUUUGUGUGACCAUCCCAAUGGUGUAUAACUACGUGAACACCGUCAAGACCCAGAUCGACCAUCAGAUCUCGUUCUGCAAGCAUUCCGCCCGUGAUAUCUACUCAGAGGUCAACCAUAUCCGCGAGAAUCCAAAGGUGAACAACACCCGCUUCGCUCGUCAAGCCGGAUAUGACUUUGACACUGGAGCCGUCGACUCAUUCGCUUCCUCUGGAGGCAGCGGUGGAGGUGGAUCCUGCUCUGGAUGUUGCCUUCCAGGACCAGCAGGACCUUCUGGAGCACCAGGAAAGCCUGGACGUCCAGGACGCCCAGGGGCAGGAGGGCUUCCAGGAAACCCAGGCCGUCCACCAGCACAGCCAUGCCACCCAAUCACCCCGCCACCAUGCCGCCCAUGCCCACAAGGACCACCAGGAGCCCCAGGAAGUCCAGGACCACAGGGAAACGCCGGAGCACCAGGGCAACCAGGACAUGGAGGAGGUUCCGGAGCACCAGGACCAGCUGGACCAAAGGGACAACGUGGAGCCCCAGGACACCCAGGGCAGGCUGGAUCUCCAGGUCGCCCAGGAGUCGAUGCUCAAUCUCAAUCCAACCCAGGAGCGCCAGGACAAGCUGGGCCACAAGGACCACCAGGACCAUCCGGAGCUCCAGGAGCCCCAGGAGGACCAGGAUAUCCAGGACCACCAGGGCAAAAGGGACCAUCCGGAGCUCCAGGACAGCCAGGAUCCGACGGAAACCCAGGAGCACCAGGACAGCCAGGACAAUCCGGUGGAUCCGGAAACCGCGGAAUCUGUCCAAAGUAUUGCGCCAUCGAUGGAGGAGUCUUCUUCGAGGAUGGAACCAGAAGAAAGUAGAUUCUUUAGAGAAUUCAAUAAAGCAUUUCAUAUUUCAAAUAUUAUUUUUAUUAUUUCCAUUUUGGCCUUGCCGAAAAUUACAAAAAUAAAAAUUUUGGAAUUUUGG